AUGCCAGCCGCAGUCUCGUCAGGUGUACGUCCUACCAUCGAGCGCGACGAUCUGGACGACAUCUUCAACUACGACGCUGGCAUCAGCUCGACCUCUUAUCAACAAGACCAGGAUCGGAGUGCCCAGGAUGAUACGAACGGCAACAAUACCAACCAACAACAUGAUGUGCCAGUAGACAUUGAUGAGGAAGUCAAAGUCACCAAGAAGCGCAAGCCAGUCGCAAAACUUGACGAAGAACGGUACGCGUUCAACCUCCAACACAUCCACCCCAACACUAACACUUCCACAGUCNUUCUCUCACAACAAGGCAUCCCAAAACUUCGCAAAAUCGCCAAAGACCGCAUCCAAAUCAAAGGCAAAGGCCACGAAUUUUCAGACAUGGCACGCCUACUCAACACCUACCAACUAUGGCUCGACGACCUCUUCCCCAAAGCAAAGUUCAUGGACGGUGUCUCCAUGAUUGAGAAGCUUGGCCACAAGAAACGCAUGCAGAUGAUGCGAAGAGAAUGGAUCCAAGAAGGCAAACCCAAACCGCCACGCGACGAUGAAGAGGAGGACUUUGUGAUUCCGAACGAAGAUGCAGUAGUAGAAGACAACAGUGUCCGUGAGACCGAGCAAACGCCCAGCAAUGUCGAGACAAGGCUGGAAGCACAAUCGGAUGGUGGAGCACCAAUAAGAGACAAUCACAAUCCAUUUGGCGAGGAGGAGCCUGACGAGGACGAGUUGGAUGCGCUAUUGGCUGAGAGCGAGGCUGCACCAGCACCAGACGUCUCGAAACAGAACAAGACACAACCCGCAGGAGACCAAGAGCCGGACGAGGACGAGCUAGAUGCACUCAUGGCCGAGGAUGCAAUGAACUACAGUGUGCCGAAGAGUCUGUUUGGUGGACCAGUGUCAUCAACCACCACUACAAACACUGCUCCGCGACCGCAAGACGAAUUCGAUGAUGACGAAGAGGCAAUGGCUGGUAUGGAUUGGUAG